UCUUCAAUCACCACCACCGACACCACCCUACCCAGUACUGCCAGCUUCACUUCUUCAAUCACCACCACCGAGACCACCUCACACAGCACUCCCAGGUACACGUCCUUGAUCACCAAAACCGAGACUACCUCACAUAGUACUCCCAGCUUCACUUCUUCAAUCACCACCACAGAGACCUCCUCACACAGUACUCCGAGCUUCACUUCUUUGAUCACCAUCACCGAGACCACAUUAAACAGUACUCCCAGCUUCACUUCAUCAAUCACCACCACCGAGACCACCUCACACGGUACACCCAGCUACACUUCUUCAAUCACCACGACCGAGACCACCUCCCACAGUACUCCCAGCUUUACUUCUUCGAUCAUCACCACAGAGACCACUUCGCACAGUGUUCCCACCUCCACUUCUUCAAUCACCACCACCGACACCACCUCACCCAGUACUCCCAGCUUCACUUCUGCAAUCACCACCACCGAGACCACCUCAUACAGCACUCCCAGGUACACGUCCUUGAUCUCCAAAACCGAGACCAACUCACAUAGUACUCCCAGCUUCACUUCUUUGAUCACCACCACAGAGACCUCCUCACACAGUACUUCCAGCUUCACUUCCUCGAUAACCGCAACUGAGACCACCUCACACAGUACUCCCAGCUUCACUUCUUCGAUUAGCACCACGGAGACGCACUCACAGAGUACUCCCAGCUUCACUUCUUUAAACACCACCAGCGAGACCCCCUCACACAGUACUCCCAGCUUCACUUCUUCAAUCACCACCAACGAGACCACCUCACACAUUUCACCCAGCUACACUUCUUCGAUCGCAAUCACUGAGAGCACUUCACAGAGUACUCCCAGCAUCACUUCUUUGAUCACCACUACUGAGACCACUUCACAGAGUACUCCCAGCAUCACUUCUUCAAUCACCACCACCGAGACCACCUCAAACAGCACUGCCAGCUACACUUCUUUUAUCACCACAACCGAGACCACCUCACACAGUAUUCCCAGCUUCACUUCUUCAAUCACCACCACCGAGACCCCCUCACACAGUACUUCCAGCUUCAUUUCUUUGAUCACAACAACAGAGACCACCCCACCCAGUACUCUCAGCAUCACCUCUAUGAUCACCACCACCGAGACUACAUCCCACAGCACUCCCAACUUCACUUCAUUGAUCACUACCAAUGAGACCACCUCCCACAGCACUCCCAGCUUCACCUCUUCUCUCAUCACCACAGAGACCACUUCUCACAGUACUCCCAGCUUCACUUCGUCGAUCACCACCACUGAGACCACCCCACCCAGUACUCCCAGCAUCACCUCUACGAUCACGACCACCAAGACCACAUCCCACAGCACUCCAAGCAUCACUUCUUCAAUCGCCACGACUGAGACCACCUCCCCAGUACUCCCAGCUUUACUUCUUCAAUCACCACCACAGAGACCACCUCACACAGUACUCCCAACUUCACUUCUUCAAUCACCACCAUGGAGACCCCCACACACAGUACUUCCAGCUUCACUUCUUCGAUAACCACCUCUGAGACCCCACCACACAGUAUUCUCAGCUUCACUUCUUCAAUCACCAUCAACGAGACCACCUCACACAGUACU